UUUGGUUUAAGGGGGAGGCACUCUUGUUUGAGAAGAAACCAAAACAUGCUCACGUUAUAGACAGAGUUGUUGCUAAUGAUCAAGUCAAUCUAGAGCAGAAAGAAGUAAAAAUAGUUUAAAGUAGAGCAGUGGAAAAAUUUUACGAUGAAGUAGAGGACAAAAUUUAUAGAUCUAGUGAAUAUAAGUCUGCAGUGUAAUAUUUCACUCUAUUCUAUUAUAAUUAUUCCAUAUUUCCUAUUCACUCACUGUGUCAGUGUGUGUGUUAUUCAGCCUAUUGAAGUAUUGAAUUAAUUUAAUUUAUCUACGUCGACCGUCGUCUACGACAAUCUUUUUGUUCAACUUAACAGCUGGCAAGGUUUCCGUCCCACUGUUUGGAGAUUCAGACGAAUCUAUUAGAGCGUAUUUUCCAUAUGUAAUCAAGGUGAGGUUUACUUGGAGGCCUGGACGCCUGCUUAGCAAGGCUUACAAUUUUGACUCUUCUGGACACACACAGUUUAUCAGAUGAUGGUGUUGUUCCCAGUCACCGAAUUUCUUUCUUAACAAGGAUAAGAUGAUGUCACAGUCAAAGCAAAAGUUUAAACUGAUUGACUUGACAACAAAUAAUCUUAUUGAAUGGAUAACCAUUUCUCCCUUAUUCCGCGAAUCAUAAAUGGCAGCAUAGCAGGGAUCGUUGGAGUCACCUGUGUAUUCCCUAUAGAUUUAGUCAAAACCAGAUUACAGAAUCAACAAGCGGGUCAGAUUCUAUAUAAAAGUCUACCAGAUUGUGCAAUCAAAACUUUUAAGAAUGAAGGUUUUUUUGGCAUGUAUAGAGGGUCAGGGGUCAAUCUACUGCUCAUAACUCCAGAGAAAGUGAUCAAGCUUGUAGGAAAUGACUUCUUUAGACACCAUUUGAAAACUCCUGAUGGUCAACUACCUAUGUUAAGAGAAGUUUUGGCUGGUGGCAGUGCUGGACUUUGUCAGAUUAUCAUCACCACUCCAAUGGAGUUAUUGAAAAUCCAAUUGCAGGAUGCAGGAAGAAGUGCUCGACUGAAUGUAUCAGCAGAGAAUGGAAAACCAAGCUCCACAGCCACAGUGAAUCCAAAACUUUCAGCUACAAAAAUAACAUUGGAUCUUCUUCGAACUAAAGGCAUUUUGGGACUUUAUCAAGGUUGCGGGGCUACAGCACUUCGAGAUGUCACGUUCUCCGCCAUCUAUUUCCCACUUUUUGCUAAUUUAAAUAAACUAGGUAAACGUCGAGAAGGCAGUGACCAAGCCGUCUUCUAUCACUCAUUUAUCUCUGGUUGUGCUGCUGGAUGUGCCGCUUCAUUCUUCGUUACACCAUUUGAUGUUGUAAAGACUCGUUUACAAACGCUAAGUAAGGGUCAAGGCGAACAACAUUAUUCUGGAAUCAUCGAUUGCUUCAGAAAAGUGAUGGUGGCAGAAGGCCCUAAAGCUUUUUUCAAGGGCGCCUUCUGUAGGAUACUGGUGAUCGCUCCCUUGUUUGGCAUUGCACAGACAGUCUAUUACCUAGGUGUGGCUGAAUACUUGCUGGGACUACAAAAACCAUGAGAGAAAUGAAUUAGAUAUUUUGUGGAAAACACUUUUUUUCAGUUUUAGAAUAUUCUUGGUUUUCAUUUCAUUAUUAUUACUUAUAUUAUUGUACACAUGAAUAUUUUUUUUCUGUAAAAUCAAAACAGAAGGUGUGAUUGACAAAGUAUAUUUCAGUUGCAUGUUAGGGGCUAGAGACUGAUUGUUGGGGUUCUAUUAGUACUACUCAAAGACAUGAAUGAAAGGAUUGACAAGAUUUCAAGUUUAAUGUUUUCUACUGUUAACGGAGAAUUAUCUUGUACAGAAUCAUAUUGUGUUUAAACCAACAAAUGAAAUAUAAUUAUUUUGGCCAUUAGAUUCUCUUUUUUCUGAGAUUUGUACAUAUCAAAUCUUAUAUACUAAAUACACGGAUAGUUCUUAGCACUCGAAUGGAAAGAAAACUUGGAAUCUUGAAGAACCAAAAUUUUCUUUCUCUAUACUAAAGGAAUUCAAUGGAUUUUUUUUGUCCAUAUUUAUUUCUAAAUUGGUAUUAGUCACUUUUUUUGUUGCAUAGUAAGCAGCUUUUUUUUAUUUUGUGUUCUGAGGGCCCAAGUUACACUAUUACAAACACACAAAAGCAUAAGGUAACAAAUUCAUUGUUGACAUUUUUAAGAAUGGACCAGAUUUGAACCAAUCAAUUUUAUUGUUUGCUACAUAAAAAUCUCAAUUUUUUUUAGAUCUUUUAAGUUUUGUGAUAAAAGGUGUAUGGUGCAUUAGUCCUGACAGUAAUUUUGUUCAAUAUUGUAUCAGCACCCCUUUUUCAAACUUACAAUUUUUCCUAAAAUCUUGUUUAUUAUGAUUGGUCCAAUAAUGGAAACAGAAAUGUAAAUGUUUUUUUUAAUUUGUAUUUUGUAUCACAAUGUACAAAUUUUGAUUUUUUUUCCAGUAAGUUCUGAAAUUAUUCACUAAAGUUUGGUUAUUGAACCCAAUCAUUAUUCAUGCACAUAUUUAGCUGUUUAAUGUAUGGUCAGAGAGACUUUUGUUUCCCUUGCCAGUGAACAAGUAAGCUAUUAGCAGUGCGUUUCUUUAGUCCCACCCUUUUUUUUUUCAAAUUUUUUGAUAACUUACUGGAUGAUUAAAUGUGUUAAGAUUUACGACAUCAAUCAAUCCUUACUUCAGACUGGUAUCCCUCAUUUAGUACUACUGAAUAAUGCUGCUGGUUUAUUGUUCAUAGUCUGACUUGUAACACUUGUGUAUUAAUUACAAUAAUAGUUCCCUGUCAUCAUUGGAUCAAUGAAGACUUCAUAUUUUUUGUAAUAUACAUUGCAUCAAUGGUUACUGCCAACUUCCCCACCCCCUUUUUUUUUUUUUUCCUAAUUACAUUGCAUCAAUGGUGACCUCUACUCCUGCCCUUUUUAAUUAUGGUGCCCUCUACUGCUGUACUCCUUUAAUUAAUGGUGACCUCUAACCUUUAAUAUACAUUGAAUCAAUGGUGACAUCUAAUCUCUUUACAUAGCAUCAAAGGUGGCCUUUGACCCCUGUAGCAUUAAAUUAAUGACUAUUGUGUCCUCUUUAUUUCUUUAAAUAUGUGAGUCAAUUUUAAAUAAUUUGUUAUGGGUGAACUGACUCUGUAUUGGUGCAUUUAUUCACAGCCCAAAACUCUAUUCUCAUCUGUUACAUUACAUGCAGUCAAAAUUAGAUCUCUUUAUUUGCAUUUGCACUUAUAAUAGUCAAUUAUAUUUAUUUGGUUUUUUUAAUACUCUCAACAAUUACUCAUUGAUUUCUGAUUUACAUCUGAAUUUUUUUUUUUUAGUUGAAACAUAAUCUCCUUUGAAUUGAUGAAUCAUUUUUUUGUUUGUUUAUAGCAGUCAGGAUUUUUUUUUCAAUUAGGUUGUUUUAAUACUCCCAACAGAUUUACUAUUGAUUCUGCUGAUUUGCCAUUUUGAUUUUAUAUCAAAAAUAUUAGUCAUUUUGUAAAAACUUUUCUGUGAUUUCAUUUUUUUUGUGCUGAAUUUUAGUCCUGCUUGGUUUUCUACUGUUUACAACAAAAGAGAGACCUUAUAUAUCUGGCAUCCGAUUUUACUUUCUAAUCUAACUCAAUGUAUGAUUUUCUUUUUUUAUCCCCCCUCUGCUUAAGCCUUGAUGUUGCAUGCUGAGCAUCCAUUGUAACUUGGUCCUGCUGUUUAGUGCAAGUCUGUUGCAUAAGUUGUUAAAGGAAAUUUCCAUACUAAGGCUUGUCUUCGAGUCCAAAGAUUAAUGAGGAAU